AGUCUUUGUCGUGACUUCAAAUAUUAAAGUCACGGACUUGCAUCGAGAUCUGCAAAACAUCUUCGGCUUUUUGCGAAAUUGCCUACAGCCGGUACGAUGUGCUAGAUGAAAAUGUAUCUCAAGAGUGCCUCUUAGAGAGAGAUAGAGAGUGAGGGGUGGCUCCGUUGGGCGCGAAGUGAGCUCCUAUGGCGACAUCAGAGACGGGAACCAGCACCAGCAAUCCAUUUGGAGGUGAGUACCAGGUGUUCCUGAGUUUUAGAGGACCCGACACUCGUCGUGGAUUCGCCGACACCCUCUACCAUGCCUUGUCUGAAGCCGGGAUUCAUGUUUUCAUCGAUAACGAAGAGAUUCGACCGGGUGAAAGAAUUGAUGGCGAACUUUUGCGGGCGAUCAAUGACUCCAGGCUCUACAUACCCAUCUUCUCCCCCAACUACGCUUCGAGUUAUUGGUGCCUCUGCGAGCUUGCGAAGAUGGUGGAGAACAUCUCUAAUCCUAGGGAAGACGAGACUAAGAAGGUGAUAUUGCCCAUCUUUUAUGAUGUGAAACCAGAUGACGUGAAGUUGUGAACCCCAUCGUACGAAAAUGACAUUCGGAAUUUGGAGCAAAUGAUGAAGGAUAAGAAAAAAAAUUUCAGCUCCGAGGAUGCGAAUACAUGGCGGCGAGCGCUCAAAACAGUUGGUGGCAUCAGCGGGUUGGACUUGAAGAAUCAUACAGGGGAUGGGCAUCUAAGCAAGUCGGUUGUUGAUAAGGUUGUGAAUAGGCUCCGGACAAGACAAAGAGAAGUGACCGAAGAUUUAGUUGGAAUGGAGAAUCGAAUAUCGGCAAUAAACAAUUUAUUAGACAUCGAUGCCGGUGGUGUGCGGCUUAUUGGAAUUUAUGGGAUGGGCGGCAUGGGUAAAACCACACUUGCCAAGGAAAUCUACAACCAAUUGUGUCCUCACUUUGGGAAAAGCUGUAGCUUUCUUCGUGAUGUAAGGGAAACGGCAAAAACCAAGGGCUUAGUCAAGCUGCAAGAACAAUUAUUGUCCGAUAUCUCUAAUUCUAGAGGGGCUCGUGGCAUUAACAAUAGUGAUGAUGGGAUCAAAGUGAUUGAAGAAACAAUUUGCAACAAGAAGGUACUGGUUGUUUUGGAUGACGUUGAUGACAACAACCAAAUUCGAAAACUAAUCGGAAGGACUUCUUUGUGUCUUGGUACUAGGAUACUUGUUACCACUAGGGAUAGUGGGGUUCUGAAUAUUAGGGGACUUAAGUAUAAAUUCGAGCCUUAUGAAUUGGAGCGGUUGAGUGAUGAACACGCACUUCAACUUUUUAGUAAGCAUGCCUUUGAUGUCGACUCUCCUCUAGAAGGUUAUGACGCUCUUUCAAAAGACAUUGUCCAUACGGCAGGUGGCCUACCUUUAGCUCUUCAAGCAAUAGGUGCAUUGCUUUUUGGUCAGAGAAACAAAAAAAUAUGGGAAGAGAUGCGGCAGAAGCUAAAGAAAACACUCAAUAAGGAUGUCUUGGAACAAUUAAAGAUAAGCUAUGAUGCCUUAGAAACGGAUCAAAAACAGAUAUUUCUCGACAUUGCAUGCUUUUUUAUUGGUAAGAAGAAGAAGACUGAACAAAUCUUUGUGUGGGACAAUUGUGGGCUUAGCUCAGAGCAUGCUAUUGAUGUACUUACUAGGAGGUGUAUGAUAAAGGUCGUAGAUUACUUAGAUGACAAGAGAUUUUGGAUGCAUGAUCAGUUUAGAGAUCUUGGAAGAGCAAUUGCUAAAGAAGAGGGUACUAGGUUGUGGGAUAUAGCCGACAUCAGUUGCGAAUUAAGUUCGAUAGAGGUAAAGUAUGACCCUAUUUGAAUAGAAAAUUGCUUACCCUGUUCUUAAUUGAGGAUUCACGUUUCUGAGUUGGGAGCUAUUCUUCUAUUUCAUUUUUUCUUCUCUUGAUAAAAUAAAAUUGUGGGAUAUUGACAUAUUGCUGCUCCUGCUCCUCAAUGUUAU